AUGAGAUUAGCAAAUGGUGAGAACACCAAUUCAACGUUACUUUUUGCUAUAUAUGUGACAAUGAAAUCUAUACAAAACAUAUCAAUCGCUAUUGUUUUCAUGCUGUAUUCCUGUUUAAUGGUGACACUCUGGAAGAAACAGGUGUAUCACUCCAAUCUCAUUGUCCUACUCAUAGUUCUUCCUAUCUCUUCGCUUAUUGCUAUCUCUAUGUCUAUGGCGAUGGAUAUAUUUGGCGUUCUAAACCUUCUUGUAAGUCCCCUAGUAGAUGUGAUCGAAUUCGCCAUGAAAUCUGGGUUAUCCGGUGGAGCGAUGAAUCUUCCAAAUUUUAUAUUAGAGCGACUUGCCGCCACUUUACUUGUAGACAAAUACGAAAAGUGGAAUGAAAAACUUCCUUUCUUUUCAAUUGCAUUGGUUUUGAUGGAGGUUGCCAUUGUCACAUUCCUAGUUUACCUCCAUACGAUUGGUCUCGUUUCACAUGCUGAAGGGGUCAUCGGCUUUGGAGCCAUCUGUACUCUGUCUAUCUUGGUUUUCACUAUACUGCCUUUUGUGAGUCGUCGAGCAUACAAUGUACAUUUGAGAAAACGAUCGACCAUUUCUGUCCGCUAUCAGACUGCUGAAAAUGUGCGUGCUGCUCGACUACUCACUAAAUUAAUGGUGUUAUACUCAUGCUUUUUCCUUGUGGAGAAUACUUACUACUAUGUGAUUAUCUUUGUAUUAAAGUAUGAAGAUAUCACCAUACAGGAAAUACUUCUUUCGUUCUUCUACAUUCUGCUAGCACUUGAGGUCUUUGCCUCUAUCACCGUGAUGUCUCUGUCUCAUCCAUCGCUACAAAAGGCAAUGCGGUUGCCAACUCGUAGCAUGGGAAAAGUCAGACCGGGGAAAACUCGUCCACAUACAGCAUUAUCUGCACCUCCGUGUUUGGAUGUUCGAGCUUUGGAUGGACGACAACUAGUUUUCACAUUGGAAGAGGAAAGAAACAUUUAUUUUAGGGCUUAUACAGAAAUGUGGAAUAAAUAG